AUGAAUCAAUUAAUAGAAAAGCAAUUCUUGAAAACAGUACAAAAUAUUUUUGUAGAACAAAAAUCAGUAGAAUAUAAUGAAUCUAGACAAUCGACAGCAUUGGGUGAUGUGACUUUUAGAUGGUGUGAUGAUAAUCCUAAUAACUCCAUAAAAUUAGUUAAAGAUAUUGAAAAACUUCAACAUGAUUUACAGUCCUUUACCAAAGAAGCUGUUUCUGAACUUUUUAGAAGAUACAAUUAUUCAACAAAAUUUGACGAUAAAGCAAAGAAGGUUGUUUUAUCUGCUGUCCUACAAAGGCACAUUCUUGAUUAUAUCUAUGAACUCUCUAAAAAAACCCAAGAGCCAAUACUCAAGAUUAAAUUUUAUCAUGCUGGUGAUCCUAUUGAUGUUGAAGUUAUGGAUGGUAAUUGGCAAGGUGAUGCUAGAGAUUUUGAAGUUAAACUUUGCUCAUUUCCAGCUAUCUUAGUAAUUGAUGAUGAAAAAAGAAUAUUUACUAAAGCUCAAGUAAUGGCACAACAAAAAGGAAACAUUUCCAAUGAACGAAAACGUCCUAGAUGUGAAAAUGGUGAAAAUGUACAAGAGCUUUCGUUUCCUAAAAGAAUCAAAGGUGAACUAAGAGAUCAAAAAUCUGAAAUAGGUCCACCUUACAAAUUUGAAAAUCAAUACAUCCCUUCUCAUGAAUACCAACAUAUUUAUUUUGAUCAUAAUAUUAACGGGGGUAAUCUUAAUCGAGUUAAAAAUAUUUUACUUACAGGAAGAGUAAAAGUUGACGUGAAAAAUCAGUAUAAUAACAGUAAAACUCAAGGUACACAUAAUAUGAAAAUUCAACGAUGCUUGGAUCAUAAUAAAACGAACAUCAAAUCUAGCGAUGCCAUCGUUGAACGUUCUUUAUCCAGUCACCCUCUGAAUAAAAAGGAAAACAUUGAACAAGAUACAAGUUACAAAAAUGGUUAUUACGCGGAUCAUUCUUUUAAGAAAAAUGUACAACACGCGUGGGGAAUCGAGUCUGAUGAACCCUCAACUAUUGUUGUCAGAUAUAGUAAGAAUUAUAGUGUUAAAAAAAAUUGUGUUAAUUCGAAUGGUUGCCUUUUAAACAGUAAAGAAUUUACUCCAUGGAAACCUUGGGCUAACCAACAAGAAUUUGAAUUAGCUUUGAAUAAGAUCGAUCGUUAUUAUCAGGCAAGUAAUUUAAUGACAAUGAAGUGA